AUGGCUAAUGAAAUUAGCCAUCUUUGUUUUUGUUUCUUAUGCAUUUUGGCUGCAAUGGUCUUUAUCAUCAUUUUCUUGAAGCACAAGAAACACUGUAACACAGACAAGCAAAAUCUGCCACCUGGGGAAAUGGGGCUUCCUUGGAUAGGCCAGACCAUGGAGUUCUACAAAGCUCAACGUAAAAACAGAUUGUUUGACGAUUUUGUACAACCCCGGAUUACGAAAUAUGGCAAAAUCUUCUCAACACAUCUCAUGGGAUCACCAACUGUGAUUGUAAAUGGAGCCAAUGCUAAUAAGUUCCUGUUGUCCAAUGAGUUCAAGUUGGUGGUGAGCUCGUGGCCUUCCGCGUCGGUUCAGCUGAUGGGGAAGGACUCCAUCAUGGAAAAACAAGGAGAGAGGCACCGCUGCCUUCGGGGGCUUAUAGGCUCAAGCCUUGGCCAGGCAGGGCUUGAGACUUUAGUGCCCAAAAUAUGCAACUCUGUGCAGCUGCAUUUGGACACGAAAUGGAAAGGCCAGGACAAGAUUAGCCUAUAUCAUUCGACGAAAAUCUUGACGUUUACCAUAGUGUUUGAAUGCUUGUUGGGGAUCAAAGUGGAGGCUGAGAUGUUGGAAACCUUUGAGAGAGUUUUGGAAGGGGUUUUUGCAGCACCAGUUAUGAUUCCUGGGUCCAGUUUUUGGAGAGCAAAGAAAGCAAGGAAGACGAUAGAGAAAAUGCUGGUUGAAGUAGUAAGAGAGAAGAGGAUGCAAAUGGAAGGCAAGCUAGAAGAACAAGAGGAGCAGGGAGGGAUGUUACUGUCGCGAUUGGUGGCUGGGAUGAUUCGAGGAGAAAUUACCAAAGAGGAGGUUGUUGAUAAUGUGGUUUUGCUAGUUUUUGCAGCUCAUGAUACUACUUCCUUUGCCAUUGCCAUGACAUUCAAAAUGCUGGCUCAGAAUCCUUAUUGCCAUAGUCUCCUACUUAAAGAACAUGCUGAGAUAAUGAGAAGCAAAAGACCAGGUGAAAAUCUGACAUUGGAUGACACAAAGAAGUUGAAGUAUACCUGGCAGGUUGCUCGUGAAAGCAUGCGGCUCUUCCCUCCUAUAUUUGGCUCUUUCAGGAAAGCCAUUGCUGACAUUGAAUAUGAAGGCUUCACCAUUCCCAGAGGAUGGAAGGUUUUGUGGACAACAUAUGGAACACAUUACAAUUCAGAAUAUUUUCAAGAUCCUCUGAGUUUCAAUCCAAGUCGAUUCGAUGAGUCUGUUCCACCGUAUGUGUUUCUUGCAUUUGGUGGAGGGCCAAGACUGUGUGCAGGGUACCAACUGGCCAAGUUGAAUAUCCUCAUAUUCGUGCAUUUUGUUGUUACUCUUUACGAUUGGUCUUUGCUCUAUCCUGAUGAGCCUGUAACCAUGGAUCCCCUCCCAUUCCCUUCCCAUGGGAUGCCUAUCAAAAUGACCCCAAAGUUAUUUUGA